UUGACAUGCCUCUCGCGCAGAGAAAUAAUUUUCCCUCUCACGACGUUCAAUUUGAAAUUGAUGCUGGAAUGCGUCAGACUUUUCAUGUAGAAUUUUGUCAUUUUCUUAUUGAAAACAAAACCAUGUCUAAAACACUGAGAUCUUAUGGCAAAAUUCCAAUAUUUAUUGUUGACGAUCAUGACGAAGUUCUUCCACAUUUGUAUAGAGCCAUUGGCUCCAAACAUCUGCCAUUCGAAGCCAUCAAGUUUGUUCAUCUAGACUCACAUCCAGACUUGUCGAUUCCAUAUCACUUCCUAGCAGAUGACGUAUUUGACAGAGAAAAGCUAUUUUAUGCAAUAAGUAUUGAGAAUUGGAUUCUACCUGCAGCAUAUGCCGGUCACAUUGGUCAUGUCAUAUGGGUAAAGCCCCCCUGGGCAACACAGAUGCAGAAUCAGACCACGGACUUCUUCAUUGGCAAACAUACAAGUAGUGGAAAAAUAAGGGUGAGCUGUGAUGACAACUAUUUCCUCGAUGAAGUGCUCUACACCAAGGAGGAGAAUCUUGAAAACAAGAAGGCAGUGAAAAUGGAUGUCUUGACUCUUGACUUCAAGACAGAAUCAAAUGGUGCUACGAAUCAAAAUACAUGGAUUCCAGUAUUGUCUGGUGUUAAAAGUAGAACGGAGUCAGAAGCUGCAGUAGAUUCAUCAGACGCUGCGGACAAAAUGACUUCACCUGAAGCUAAUUGUGAAAAAGUUGAGGACACUGCUGGUGGAACAUCCUGCUCAGACCCAGUUACUACAUCUGGGAAUCUAGAAUCUGGGUCAAUAGAGACUUGUGCUAAAAAGCAAAAACUAGACAGUUAUGUUCCUGCAGGGAGUUGUUCCUCUUCUGAUACCUCUUCUACAUGUUCUUCUGGAUUUGUCCUUGAUAUUGACCUGGACUUUUUCUCAACGUCGAACCCGUUCAAGACAAUGUAUUCAGAACGGCAGUACAACUUGAUCAGGAAGUUGUACAACUUUCAAGGGCCAGCUAAACGGAAUGAAGAGGAUUUAGAACAGUGCAUCACCAAGAGAGAGAAGCAGAUUGAUGAAUUGGAGAGGAUAUUCCUGGCAUUCCAAGAGAGUAAAGACUUACCAGAUGAUGUUGACGAUUGGAGGAAGAAGAUUGCCCAUGAAUUAGCUGAUGAUCUCAGAAAGUCUUCAAGCGGGAAUGUCGAUUUCAGUAUGGUACAUCAAGCUGGUUUCACCGUGGAUGAGGAAUCCGAGGUCCCGCAUCACAUCAGUACCGUAGAGGAAGUUGACAGUCUGGUCGAGUCUGUUUACAGAUAUCUCGGCAAGCUCGGGAAGCCCACUCUCAUCACAAUGGCCAGGUCGUCUCGUGAUGAUUACUGUCCUUCUCACCAGGUGGAGUGGAUACAGGAGAAAGUGGUGGCGAUGCUGGAAUCUCUUUAUGGUGAUAUAGUGGUUCACAAAGACUAUGGGGAUGAGGAACUGGAGGAGGGUGUGUGUGAAAAUGACGUAUCAGCUCAGAGUGGCACAAGUUGGGAGUAAGACGGUGUACACCAGUUAAUCAUCUUUUAUACCAAGUUGUUGGAGGGAUUAGGGAAAGUUUCAAAAUGAACUGUUGAUUAAAUACAAUUACAUACUUCAUCAUUUGUAGCUCGCAAAACCUGGCUAUUGAUGUUAAUUGUGUUAUGUCAAUGUCUGAUGUUGAAAAUAUAGAGACUUCCAAAUAAAAAUCAUUGA